AGUGAAUGUGUCAAAUUUUUAGAGAUUGAAAUUCUAUGUUUGUUUUGAACUAAAAACAAAAAGGGUGAAAGAUGGAGGACAAGAAUGAACAGUCUUUACGUUGUUCAUCUCUCUUAUGCUGUGUUGAUGCUUGAAUUCAACUGAUCUACAGCCCGCUUCUUCCUAACCCUAAUGUCAUUCAUUCCCCAAAAAUCAACGGAUCUAAUCCUCCAAUUUCUCCCAAUUUCUUCGAUUUCCAAACAUAUUACCGCUUCACGCUAGUUAAUUACCCCAACAUUUGCUUUCAAUAAAAGUUCCAGUGUGAUACAAUUCUGCCAGACGCUGAAGCAUGACUGAUUGAGAAUCGGGUUAGACAAGGGAGAAAUGGUGCGACUUUUGCAAAAUAUUUGUUUCGAAUGAUACUUCCACAAUCCAUAAUCAGGAGCUCGGCCCACUUAAACAUGAAACCCAACUCUGUUUUCAUUUAAUCUUUGUUUUCAAAUUUCUCUUUUCAGAUUCUCUACCAAACACACCUUCUACUUUUUUGAACUUGAAAGGAUUUGGAUCAACUAAGCCACUCAAUUUCUUGCAGAUGUAACGUGGAAAGUGCUCUGCUUCUCCUUCCCCAAACCCUAGCCUUCAUCCACCUCCAUUUGCACUAUGCUCCGUCAUAAUCCCCGUUAUUAUCGCUCAAUAUCCACUCUCUUCUCUCCCGGCGAUGCUCUUCUCGCCGACAAAGCAAUUGUCUAUCUCCGACGGCAUCCAGAGCAGCUCACCCUUCUUUCCUCUCAUUUCACUCCUCAAGCUUCCUUCAAUUUACUCCUCAAGUCCCAAUUCGAUCAACAUUUAUUCCUCAAAUUCCUCAAUUGGGCACGCUCCCAACAAUUCUUCUCCUUCCAAUGCAAAUGUCUCGCGCUCCACAUCCUCACUCGCUUUAAACUCUACAAGGCUGCUCAAUCUCUAGCUGAGGAAGUAGUGGUCAAUACGGUUGAUGAGACUGGCCAGGAUCUCUUUCAAUGCCUUAAGAACUCGUAUCACCAGUGCAAGUCGAGCUCUGCAGUGUUUGAUCUUGUAGUUAAGUCUUGUGCUCGUGUUAACUUGAUUAAUAAGGCUUUGAACAUUGUUAAUUUAGCUAAAUCUCAUGGAUUUAUGCCCGGUGUGCUUUCUUAUAAUGCUGUUUUAGAUGCGGUAAUUAGGACAAAACAGUCGGUUAAGAUGGCGGAGGGGGUCUUUAAGGAGAUGAUAGAAUCUGGGGUUUCCCCUAAUGUGUAUACGUAUAAUAUUUUGAUUCGUGGUUUUUGUACCGCUGGGAAUUUGGAGAUGGGUUUGUCUUUUUUUGGUGAAAUGGAGAGAAAUGGUUGUCUUCCAAACGUCGUUACUUAUAACACAAUUAUUGAUGCUUAUUGUAAGUUGAGGAAGAUUGACGAGGCAUUCAAGUUAUUCAGAUCAAUGGCACUCAAAGGCUUGGAUCCAAAUUUGAUUUCAUACAAUGUGGUGAUAAAUGGGUUAUGUCGAGAAGGACAAAUGAAGGAGACGAGUGAGAUUCUUGAGGAAAUGAGUCAAAGGAGAUAUGUUCCUGAUCAGGUGACAUUUAAUACACUUAUAAAUGGAUAUUGUAAUGUAGGUAAUUUUCAUCAAGCACUUGUGUUACACGCAGAGAUGGUGAAGAACGGUUUGUCGCCAAAUGUUGUUACUUACACAACUUUGAUUAAUAGUAUGUGUAAGGCUGGCAAUUUGAACAGAGCCAUGGAAAUUUUGGACCAGAUGCGAGGUAGAGGACUGCAUCCAAAUGGGAGGACAUAUACUACAUUGAUUGACGGAUUUUCUCAGCAGGGACUUCUAAAACAAGCAUACCAGGUUAUGAAAGAAAUGGUUGAGAAUGGAUUCACCCCUACUAUUAUUACCUAUAAUGCUCUCAUUAAUGGGCACUGCAUCUUAGGGAGGAUGGAGGACGCCAGUGGGCUCCUUCAAGAAAUGGUGGAGAGAGGUUUCAUGCCUGACGUUGUGAGCUAUAGUACCAUAAUUUCAGGUUUUUGUCGAAAUCAAGAACUGGAGAAAGCUUUUCAACUGAAAGUAGAGAUGGUGGCUAAGGGUAUUUCUCCUGAUGUAGUAACUUAUUCGUCCUUAAUUCAAGGUCUUUGUAAACAGAGAAGACUUGGUGAAGUUUGUGAUCUCUUUCAAGAAAUGUUAAGUUUAGGUUUGCCUCCCGAUGAAGUUACUUACACAUCCUUGAUCAAUGCUUACUGUAUAGAAGGGGGUUUAGACAAGGCGCUUAGGUUGCAUGAUGAGAUGAUACAAAAGGGGUUUUCACCUGAUAUAGUUACCUAUAAUGUGCUUAUUAAUGGGUUAAAUAAGCAAGCUCGUACCAAGGAAGCAAAGAGGCUUCUGCUGAAGUUAUUAUAUGAAGAGUCUGUGCCAAAUGAAAUCACAUAUAAUACUCUGAUAGAGAACUGUAACAAUUUAGAUUUCAAGAGUGCAUUGGCUCUUAUGAAGGGAUUCUGUAUGAAGGGUUUAAUGAAUGAAGCAGACAGAGUUUUCGAGUCAAUGCUUCGGAAAGGUUACAAACUCAAUGAGGAACUUUAUAAUGUCAUCAUACACGGUCACAGUAAAGUUGGAAAUAUUGAAAAAGCAUACAAUUUGUACAAGGAAAUGUUACAUUCUGGAUUUGUUCCCCACUCUGAGACUAUCAUGGCUCUGGCCAAAUCACUAUAUUCUGAAGGAAAAGAUGUAGAGUUGAAUCAACUUCUUGAUUACACACUGAAAAGCUGUAGGAUAACUGAAGGUGCACUUGCAAAGGUACUCGUUGGAAUCAACAGUAAAGAAGGUAACAUGGAUGCAGUUUUCAAUGUGCUUAAAGAUAUGGCUCUCAGUGGCUUACUACCAUACAGUUCUGCUUACUUGAGGACUUGAAGAAUAAAACGAAGACUUGUUAGUAAUGGCGAUAACUGAGAAAACUCACCAAACGCCUUAAGAAGACAGAAUGGAAGUACAAUGUUGCCAAAAGGCUUGCAAGCAUGAGAAAAGAGAAUGCUGGGAAGGACAAAGAACAAAAGGCUUUGAGCAGUGAGUGAAUAAACUCUCUAUUCUUCCUAUCUUUGUUGAUGUCCAAAGUAGUAUGCGUCUGUUCACUUUCAAAUCUUGAUGGCUUGGUUCACAAUUCAGAAGUAUUAAACAAGUGGCAGCUGGCCAAUGGCCUUCAUCGGAUAAUUAUAUGUCGAUAGAACCACACACCGGCACCGCCAUCAAGCAAUGGAGUAUCGAGUUGAGUGGAAGUAUUUGUACCAUUUGAUUGUUAUUUGUGUAUUAACGAAGUAUUUGUAAAAUUUUUCUAUUUAUUCAUUCUCUUUUUGUGUUGUAAAUAAAUAGAACGACAAUAUCCUUCAAUCCCUUUAUAGCCGUAGCCCUUGAUAGAGAAAGAUCAUUUGAUCGUAUGCUUUGUUAUUCGAGUAGUUUUUGGUUGAUAUAUCGACUGAAAAUGUAGCUCUUGAUUGAUCUUAAUAGAUUGAUAUCAUUUAAUUA